GGGUUUCAGAGCUGGCAGAAUGGCUGUGAGCUGAGUGAAGAUGGUCACAAGCAUGGGAGUUACCAGAAUGCCUGUGAUGGGGAAGACAUCAUUAGCUUGGAUCAGAGGUCCUGCACUUGGACCAGAGAUGAGAUCCACCCUCUGGUGCCCAAGAGAAGGUGGGAAGUUGAGCCUUUCAUCACCAAGAGCAGGAAUAACAUUUUGGAGAAGGAACGGAUGAAGCCACCUCAGAAGUUCAUGAUGUAUGGAAAGGAUUGUUUGCUCAAGAAAGGUGAGGAAAGGAGGGAGGGAGCCAAGGGUUGCCGAUGUCACAGGAUAGGGCUGGACAUGUGGUGCAAUGUCCCCAUGUUACACAAGUGCAGACUUGAUAUUUAUUUAUCACACGAAGCAUCCUGUGGGUCAUGGGGGCCUCAGAAUGCCCUCAAAGACACUGUGUCAAAUUUGUCCAUGCAAAAACAGAAGCACCAGAGGGUCACAAGGUGGAAAUCGUGGGCUGGAGAGUUGGGGAUAUCUUUACAGAUGCUGGUUGAAUCAGGAGCAACAGAGUCUGGAUGGGGGGAUGAUACAAGGAAGUCCCAGAGGAAUAUAAUCUACCUGGAGGAGACCUGCAUUAACAUGAUGCAGAAAUACCUGCCUUACCAGAAGGAGGCUCUUCUUCAGACAGAGCCCCCCGUGGGGAAAGUGACUCACAAGGUGGUGGACGACAGCCUGGAGGUCCUCAUCUGCCAGGCCUUUGGCUUCUACCCCAAGGAAAUCCAGGCCACCUGGACCAGGGACGGAGAGGUCUGCCAGAAUGAGACCCUCCAUAGGAACGUGGCCCCCAACUCAGAUGGGACCUAUUAUGUCCUGCUCAGCAUUGAGAUCGACCCCAAGGAGAGAGAUCACUUUCAGUGUUACCUGGAGCACGAGGGCUUGCAGGAGCCCCUGGUCUUGGCCUUGAAGGAGGAAACAGGUGAGAGACUGAGCGAUUAUGACAUGUCACAUCUCGGUGAGAUGGGUAGCAAAUAUAUUUAUUAAAUAAAUAAAUAAAAAUUUGUAGAUUGUUCACUAAUGUUGGCUGGUUUUCUGCUAUCUAAAAUUUUCCAAAGGAAAGGAGGAAAUUUAGGACUGUGUCCAGUGGUGGUAAAGAAGUGAUUAUUGAGAGUGGAGUUGGAAGUGGAGACAAAAAUAAAGAAUAUGAUACGAUAUGGAGAUAGAAGAUAUGAGAGAUACGAAACACAGUUUUGUUUUCUGGCAGAAUUAUCUGAUGAGACAAUAUGUGCUUUCUUUAUCUAAUCUCAAAUUACUUAAUCCUAGCUUUUCACUGUUAAUCACUUUUUAAUACAUAUUUAAUAAUAUCCUUAUACAAAUUCUAUUUAUCUAAUUUACAAACUACUUUUCAACCUAUAUAAUUAUAAUAAUAUAC